AUGUUUUGCUUCUGCCUGCAGGGCUCUCUGUUGAAGCUCCAGGCUCUGGAGGAGGAUGCCAGCUCGCCACCAGAUUCUUCUCCUGAUGAAAGCCCAACCGGCACGGGCAUCAGGGAUGAGAUACAACCCCCUUCACGCAGUAGCCUGAGGGAUGAGAACAGCCCUCAAGAUCGUAAUCAAUCUGAAGGCGACUACAGCAGUGAACUCCAGCAGAACCCUGGUCCCAGUCGGCUCAUCUCUUACAUUACAGAUGGGAACAGCCCUUUACCCUCACCACGCUGUGCCAGCCUCAGCCUCAGCCAGCGCUUCAACACCGACCCUGAGAGCGCACCAUCACCUCCCUGCACACAGCAUCUCAUCCUGCCUCGUGGGAUGGUCAGACCGGAGACGUCUGAUGAUGCUAAAGAUGCACCAUCUAUUCCAUUACUCACUAAACACAUCCAGAUGCUCAAGAGAAGGAUACGCAAGUUUGAAGAACGCUUCGAACAAGAGAUGAACUACAAGCCCUCCCAUAAUGACAAGUCUGCUAAUCCUGAGAUAUUCAAGCUCAUGAGUGAACUGGCCAAGUCUCGUAAGCAGCUCAAAGAUCUGAAGCUGAGGCAGUCAGUAGAGGAAUCACGAGGCCAAGAGAAUGACCAGCCUACAGGCAUGCGUAGAUACUCAAAUGGCCAGCAUGAGGCGCCGGAGCAGCAGCAACAGCAGCAGCACAAGCCCUCUCUAGAGGAGACAGUGGACUUGCUGCUGAAGCGACUGAGGGAGAAACGCCAGGCCCUUGGCCUCCCAGACAACAUGAAGGAGAUGACCCAGAGGCAGAUGGCGCUGGAGAAACUCACGCUGCAGAAAUGCCUGCUGUACUUUGAAAGCCUACAUGGACGCCCUGACACCAAGCAGGAGAGAAACCUGGUGAAGCCACUUUAUGAUAGAUACCAGAUGGUCAAGCACCUGCUGUGUGCCACUCCCACCAUAACCACCAUCGAGGAAGAGGAAGGGUCAGAUGAAGAAUAUGUGCAGCAAACUCAGCCCCCACGGCAAGCAACCCCAGAAUCAAUGGAGGAAGAUGAGGAAGGGGAUAGUGACACCGCAUUUGUCUCCCCUUUGGACGAGGUGAAAGCAGUUAGACAUCCUGCGCUCAACAUGUCCAACCUCCACGCUGCUUCCAGAUCCGAGCUGUUGCAGUGCCUGCGUGAGACUCGUGUGGAGAAGAAGAGGAGACGAAAAGCCAUCAGGGAGUUUGAGGAGCAGUUUUUCAGACAGAUGGGCAGGACUGCACAAAAGGACGACCGGAUUCCCAUGACAGAAGAAUACCAAGAGUAUAAAAGCCUGAAAGCCAAACUACGCUUGCUGGAGGUUCUGCUUAGCAAACAGGAAACCACAUAGACUAUUCGAGGAAAAUCUUGGUUUGCCUUUCAAUACACAUCUAGAUAUUUGGACCAAACCAUGUUUUUACUUUACAUAUUAGAUGCUCGUGCCAUAACAACACUACAAUGCACUUUAACACUAAUGCUACAUUGAGCUGCCCAAACGUCCCAGACACAGGGUUUGAUCUAUCUCUAAGAAGAAGAAGAAGAAGAAGAAGAAGAAAAAAAGCCUUACGUGGCUACCGCAUGAUGUAACAUGUAAAUACAGGUCUCUGUUUUGUGCUCAUUCUUCAUUCCAAACUCAGUGGAGACUGACAAAUCAUGUGUGUCUUAAAGAAGAAAAGAUGAAAAUGAAAUAUGGCACUUUAUAUUGUUUUUUGAAGAGAUGUUUUUUGUUAACC